AUGGGAUUCUUCACCCGCACAAAACGCUCCUCGACCUCCUCCUCCGCCGCAUCCACCGCCCCAAACAGCGGCAUCACCACCCCCACCGCAAUCGACAACCUCACCCACUCCCCAACCCACCACAGCACCACCACCUCCUCCCACAUAUCCACCUCACCCACCUUCCCACUGUCGAAAACCCCCUCCCGGCUCACACUCACCAAGACCCUCACAUGGGGCAAGCGCUCCAAGGAAGACAAAUACAGGCGCCGGAUUGAAUCCUGGGAGCGCGAGGACCAGAACGAGUGGGAUGCGCCGACGGCGAGGCCGCAUGGCCGUAGGAGGAAGUUGGGGAGUAAGAAGGAGCAGGAGGUGUUGAGGGCGUUUGAGUGGAAGGUCUGUGGGGAGGGGAGGGAUAGUAUUGAUGGUGGGAAGAGUAGGAGUUGUUUCUCCGGGGUGAGUCCUGGCUGUAGUCGCAUGGGGAGUGUGGAUGAUGGGUGUGUGGGGUUGAGUUCUAUGGAGAGGGAGAGGAUGGGGAGUGGGUUGGUGAGGGAGUCGAGUAGGAGUGAUAGUUCUGGGGAGGGCUCGGUGGUGAGGGCUGCGAGUGAGGAGUAG